AUGUCAUCGACUCUGGCCUUUCCCUUCCCCGACAUUGACGCCCCCAACCCACACAACCAUCGCACAUCUGCCUCCCCUCCCUCUGCCGCCGCCGCCAACACCACCACCACCUCGGCUGCCUCACCCGUCUUCCAAGGCGACGCAGCACUGUCGCCAAACACCGCCAACCACUUUGAGACGCCUAGCUCCGCCCUCACCUCCUACAGCGACCUCGAGCUUGACCAGGACCCCUUCUUCGGUGCUAUGCUCGGCAACGACGAGGAGCAAGCCGCCUGGCUCUCGCCAUCGCACCUCGGAGGAUAUGACACUGCCAGCUCUCUAUACCCCCUGACGCCCGAGCAGGCUGCCCCCGUUCAGCUGCCCUCCCCCCACGGCGAACAUAGAGCUGCCGCCGCACUAUCCCUCCGGCAGGUCCAUCUAACCCCCUCCAUCUCCCCGCAGGAACUACAGAGGCCAUUCACCACCGGCCCCGAGCCUUCUCUGUCCAAUCAGCCGUCUCAGCUCACCCCCAGCCAGAGUAGCAGCGCCCACACCAGUGCCCACAGCAGCGAGGACGGGUUGGCGCCAGCUGCCAUGACCGUGCACGCCGCUCGGAGUCCACGUGUGACCGUGUCGGUCUGGGACCAAGACCACGACGAGGCCGUCACCCGCACUGCUGAGCGCUCGCUGGAAAUUUACCACGACGAGGCCGACGAGUCGCCUCGUGGCGGCAUCGAGUCGGCCGGUGACCUCAUCUCGUCCGAGGCUCAGAAGCGGGACUCGGCCGGAAGGUGGCACCAGAACCUGCACACCGGCCUGGCCGGUCUCGGUCCCGCAGAGCGUCUAUCGGAUGAGAUACCUAGCGCUAACGAGCUUGCCCGUCGGCGCCGCUCGGAUGAGCGCAAUGUCGAGGUCGGCAGGUGGCUGUCCGACAAUUUCGACGAGCCGUCGGUGCCGCACGCAAAGACUGGCUCCGAGACCUUUGAGCUCCAGGUCGCGGGCAGCGACGACGGUAUCCCGCCUGGGGAGAUCCCGCUCGGGGACACUACCGAGAACCGCAAUAUACCUGGCCAGACUUACUACGCUGUCGACGGGGGGACCGGUCCCAUGAACGAUCAGGACCGUGUUAUCCUUGCUCGCGACAGGAACUGGGGAGACGCGCCCAUGUUCCCGCACAUCAUGCGCGAUCAGCGCCCCGGCGUAAACCAGCCAGCCACCUCCCAAGCCGCCAUUGAGCACUGGCAACGUCUGCAGCUCGACAACCGAUCCAUCAUCUCACGGCAGGCCACCUGGGGUACCCGCCGCCGGAGCAUCCAGAGCACGGCCGACUUGGAGGGCGUCCUCAGCGGCAACAUACUCAAGAAGCUGUCAAUCAGCAAGAAUCAAGAGUCGGGCGGUCUCUUCAAGGACCUCCGCGGUUUCGUCCGCCGAUCUAGCAUCGGCAACAUGCGCAAGCGUCGCAACAGCGGUGCUAGCAAUGCUAGCGACGACGGCAACGGCAACGGUAGCAGCCCUAGCGAUGGGGUCGCCGAUAGGCGCGACGGCGGUGCCGCCUCCGGCUCGCCGCACCUGGCGCCUCCUGAUCGCACCUCGAGCUGGGGCAGGAAGGCGACGCCGAGCAUCACAGCGCUUGUGUCGGCGGGGAGCAGUGCCGCCUCCAUCGGCCACACCCAUGCCAGGAAAAGCUCGGUCGGCGCCGUCUCGAUGGUGUCGCCCAAGGGCUUCAUGCAGAGCCUCAAGGUGGAUAAGCCGCUGCAGCGGCCGCGUAGCAGGUCCGACGUCCCCAAACCCACAGCUGCGCACCAAAGAACCGAAUCACACCCCAACAUCCUCGGCAUGCUCAAGGCCAACGGCGGACUUCCCGUUGCUGCACUGACCAAAUCGCCCGUCCCCAUCGCCACCAAGCAGGAGCCUGCCGACGACGACGACGACGACGACGACGACGACGACGAAGGUCACGACGACGGCGGCAUAGGCCAUGCGGGCAAGGCUAACCUCAUCGACACCGUCACACCCAAUAACGCUGGUUUCCAGGAAUACGUGCGCCUGGUCAACCCCAACAUGGACCCGCGGCACAACUACCUGGUGGAGCGCCUCGCGCAUCAUCAAAUCGUCAGGUAUAAAUCCCUGCUCAACCAUCGGGUCAAGCACCUAGGCCUCGGCGCCAACUGUCCAUGCGGACCGCUCUGCAUGGCCAUGGGUGGCCAGGCCAACGUGCUGGAUUCCAAGGGCGAGGCCAAGGGCUUGGACCCUGUCGCCACCCGUCUGAUGGCCGAGGACGACGAGGACGACGAGGGCGCCGGGUCGGGUGAUGGAGCUAUCAGCCCGGACAGCUUCCCGCAAGACGUCCCCAUGCCUCCGACGCGGCGGCUACCGGCGGAGUUCGAGUGCCAGCUGUGCUACACGCGCAAGAAGUUUACCAAGCCAUCGGACUGGACCAAGCACGUCCACGAGGACGUGAUGCCGUUUACGUGUACGUGGGACGGGUGCCGGGACGCCAAGUCGUUUAAGCGUAAAGCCGACUGGGUGCGCCACGAGAACGAGGGACAUCGGCACCUCGAAUGGUGGACGUGCAACGUGGACGAGUGCCGUCAUACGUGUUACAGGCGCGAUAACUUCCUCCAGCACCUGGUGCGCGAGCACAAGUUCCUCGAGCCCAGGGUCAAGACCAAGGCGGCCAUCAAAAAGUCUGGGGGCGCCGACCCCACGUGGAGCAAGGUCGAAGAGUGCCACGCAAACAGCAAGCAGCAGCCGCAGGACGAGCCGUGCCGGUUCUGCGGAAGGUCGCUACCCACGUGGAAGAAGCUGAUGGUGCACCUGGCCAAGCACAUGGAGCAGCUGUCGCUGCCGGUGCUCCGCCUUGUCGAGGCCAAGGCCCGAGAGAUGGAUGCCGACACCAUCAUCAGCCCCGUGCAAGACCCUCCGGCGCGGAACCAGACGGCCUUCCCCCUACCCCUCAACAGCAACAGCUUUCAACCUGGGCAGGUGCAGGAGCACCAACUAGGGAUGGUUGGAGGCGACUUUGGCACGGUGCCCGCGGGAUCCAUGGGCAUUCAUUACAACGGAAACGGCGGCACAAGGAUGGCAGCAUACGGUGCAUACCCAGGUCAACUCGCGCCGAGCCACCAGCAGGCGCAGCGACGACAGCAGUUCAACGGUCGAGGUGGUGGUCGAGGUGGCUUCUAUAGCGGCGGCGGCGACGGGGUGACAGCUCACGGCAUGCAGCAGCAGCGGCAGCAGACGAUGGCGUCGAUGGGCCAGGACGGAUUCGGCCAGGUGGACAUGACGAACGCCAUGGGCCCCUACUCACAGGGCUAUGAGCCGAGACCUGUCAUGUAUGCGGCGGCGGCGGGAGGAGAUCAGCACCGACACUACCAGAAUCACCGGCAUCAGCAUCAGCAGCAGCCUGAGGAGAUUCACCAGCAGCAGAGUGACAACGGUGCUCUGGAAGCCUUCCCUAGGCUGCUGGACGACGGCAGCGACCUCGGACUUGUGGGCGGGUCGGUUAUGGCAGGGUCGACGAUGGGGACGGGGGGUGUAAGUUAUGCGAACGGCGCUCUGGCUAUGCCGGGCAUGGCUGUGGGGACGGCGAGCUCCUUUGACGGCACGAGCAUCAACACCAACGGGCAGGCAGGUUCCGUAUCACCGUACAGCCCCCCACAGCAGCAGGAACGAGUGGACUGGGAGGGCAGGGGUGGGUAUGGGUUUAGUGGGGAUGGGUACGGAGGAUUUUACUCGGGUGAGUAG